AUGAGAGGCACAAACACUUACCACCCGGGCGACCUCCCGCAGGAGAAGUUCGGACCUGCUUCACUCAACGACACCACUCUACAAGGGGGCGUGUAUCCCCGCGGGGAUGUCUAUGAUGAGGGCCAUACGGAUCCGGGCGUGCCGGACGACGUGUUCGGCCACGAAGAUGGCCACGAUAUCAAGUACAAGACGCUGAGCUGGCCGCUCGUCGCGGUCCUCAUGAUCACCGAGAUCGUCUCGAAUGGCAUGCUCAGCUUACCCAGCAGCUUGGCAGCUGUGGGGAUUGUCCCAGGUGUGAUAGUGAUCUUCUUUCUUGGGGCGUUCGCGACGUACACGGCGUGGGCUUUGAUACAGUUCAAGCUUCGACACCCGGAAGUGCAUAAUGUGGGCGACGCCGGCAUGAUCUUGUUUGGGCCAAUUGGUAGGGAGAUCCUGGGCGGCGGCAGCAUCAUCUUCGCCAUCUGCGCGACGGGAAGCCAGAUCCUGGCCGGCCAACUCGCCUUGAGCGUGCUCUCCAACGAGAAGCUCUGCGCGAUCGCCUUCUCUGGCAUAUUCGCCAUCGCUGUGACUCUCGCGAGCUUCCCUCGAACUCUGGACCACCUCGGAUGGCUAUCCAUCGCCGGAGGCAUCUCGAUCAUCGUCGCUGGCAUCGUGGCAAUGGCCGGAGCUGGAGCUCUCCCUGUUGAUGCGGGCGAUAUCUCGAUCACGGUAACGACCACUUUCACGUCGGCCUUCAUCAGUAUAACCAACCCGGUCUUCGCGUACGCGGGACACGUUAUGUUCUUCACCUUCAUCAGCGAGAUGAAGCGGCCGCAGGACGCGAUGAAGGCGGCAUGGGUGCUACAGAUCGUCGCGACUGCUUUCUAUAUCGUGUUCGCGUUGGUGACGUACUGGUAUGUAGGAUCCGGGGUGGCAAGUCCCAGUCUGCUGAGUCUCAGCCCGCUCUGGUCCAAUAUUUCCUUCGGACUUGCAAUCCCCAACUUCUUCAUCGCCGGGAGUCUCUACAGCCACGCAGCCGCCAAACUCGUCUUCGUUCGCAUCUUCAGACACAGCCGCCAUAUCCACUCGCACACGUUCCUCGGCUGGGGAGUGUGGUCUUUGUUGAUCCUGCUCGCCAAUGUGGCAGCUUUCGUGUUCGCCGUCGGGAUCCCCGUGUUCAACUAUCUUCUGGGGAUCACGGCAUCACUGUUCGCCGCGUGGUAUACGUAUGGGCUUGCGGGGGCGUUCUGGCUUCAUGAUACAUAUUACUUCGAGGGGGGAUCCCGCGCCUGGUUCAGGAGACCUUUCAUGUUCACUGUCAAUGUAUUGACUGUCCUGGCUGGUGCUGUGAUUUGUGUUGGUGGGCUGUAUGCGACGAUAACGGCACUGAAGCAGGCUGCCGACGCGGGAGAGCUGCAAACACCAUUCCAGUGCUGA